CGUCGUCCUCGGCCGGUGACAGGCUUGGGAAGGUGAAGCUCAAGAUUCGUGGCGUGCUGCCGAAACCGAACCCUGACGCUCCGCCUGCCAAGCCUCCACGGCCUGUAGAUUCGCGGCAGCAGCAAAAGCAUGGAUAUGUGAACGAAGGUGCCAGAGAUUCUGACAGGUCAACCUCUUCGCGAGACAAGAAAGCUAGAAAGGAGAGAUCAGUUGAAGAGACAAUGGCACAGGAACCAUCAGCCAAAGACCAGAGAGAACCUUCUUCAGAUCCUGUCCGGAAGAGUAGGCAGCUUGCUAAGAAAUCUGUGGAUGAUGACUUAGAGGACUUUGAUACAAGUAAUGUUGGAACUCCUGAAGAUUGGGAUGGUAGUGCUCCUGAUCCUAAGAGCAAAGGAGGAAGUAGCUCUCAGAAGAAAGGUAAAAAUAGGAGCAAGGUGUAUGAGGCUGACAAUGAUUUUGUUGCUUCCCAGUCUAGUAGAGAUGGCAAGAAAAGAUCUAGGGAAUCACCUGAAGAUAAUACUGAAGACGAACCUACCUCUGACAGCGAACUUGAUGCUGAAGACAAUGAGCAAAAAUCAGUCACUGAAUCACCUGUCAAUGUUAGAAGUGAACUGCUCACAACUCGUCGCCGUGCCCUUCAAUCAUGGAUGGAUGGGAACAGUAGGAGUACUGUUGAGUUCCCUGAUGGUCUACCGCUAGCUCCUUCGAGAAACAAGAAGGACAACAAAACGCGCACACCUGACAAACAAUAA